AUGACGGCACCCAUAACCCCUGAUCCCUACCGUAGCUUGGUCGCUCCGCCAUUCGACUUGAAUGAUGAUCAGCUUGGUGUCUUGACCAGCAUCAUGGACACCUUUGUUGCACGUCUUACCGAACAAGAGAUUGCGACGUACUUGCCCCAACAAGACCCCGAGUUGGCCAAAGAGUUUGGUGCUAUGACUAUCUCGAGUUUACAAGCAUGGCCCAUUGUCAAGGCGUUCAUGAACCGUGCCUUGGCAGCUGACAAGCGUCAAGAAGUAUCCAUGAUCCUAUCCGUGCUUAGUACACGUGCUGGUACCUUUGUCCUUACUGGUGGCUAUACCGAACGCUUCCAAGAUCUUAGUCGUCAGGAUCGUGAAAAGAUCAUUCUCAACUGGAAAAACUCGUACCUUCCUCCUUUGCGUUUGCUCUACAAGUUGUUCUUUUCUUCGAGCUGUCAUCCCGUCUAUGGUGCAUUGGAUAGUCCUUUGGCUAAGGGUAUGGGUUAUCCUGGUGCCGAUCCCGUACGUGCAGCUGCCGAUUACAAGCCUGUCCAUACGCGUGAACGAUUGCCCAUGAUGACUCCUCAAGAUCUCAAGGAGGGUCUUAAAUUCGAUGUCAUUGUCGUUGGUAGCGGUGCUGGUGGUGGCGUCGCUGCUGCUGAAUUGGCCAAGGCUGGCAAAUCAGUGCUCGUCAUUGACAAGGGCAAAUAUUAUCAUGAAGACGAUUUCGAUUUACGUGAAUCCGCUGGUUUUGCCAACCUCUAUGAAUAUGGUGGUUUCUUCUCUACUUAUGAAGGCUCCGUCAAUGUAUUGGCAGGAAGUGUCUUUGGUGGUGGUACCACUGUCAAUUGGUCGGCAUCUCUCAAGUUGCAACACUUUGUACGUGAAGAAUGGGCUAAACAAGGCUUGAGCCAUUUCAUGUCACCCAAGUUUGCACGUGAUUUGGAUCGUGUCUUUGAACGCAUUGGCGCAAGCACCGCUGGAGUCAAGCAUAAUGCCACUAAUGGCAUCUUGGUCAAGGGUUGCCAGGCUCUUGGUUAUCACGUGGCCGACAUUGCUCAAAACACAGAUGGCCAGGCACACGACUGUAAUUUCUGCUUUACUGGUUGCCGUGACGGUAUCAAGAAUGGUACCAUGAACACUUGGUUACGUGAUGCUUAUCAACAUGGCGCUCGUUUCUUGGAUCGUACCAAGGUUGAACGCGUGAUCAUCGAAAAUGGACGUGCUGUUGGUGUUGAAUGCACUGCUCACUACGAACACAAGGCCGUCAUUCGUGCCGAACAAGUCGUUGUUUCUGGUGGCUCCUUGCACACUCCCAACAUUCUCGCUCGCAGUGGCCUCAAGAACAAAAACAUUGGUCAACACUUGCGCUUGCAUCCUUGCAGCAUCGCCUUUGGUUUCUUUGAUGAAGACAUCAACAUGUAUGAAGGAUCCAUUAUGACCGCUGUAAGCAAUGUCGUUGAAAACUUGGAUGGCGAUGGCUAUGGUGCCAAGAUUGAAGUCCCAUGCUUGCAUCCUGGCAGCUAUUCCACUGUAUUGCCAUGGCGUGGUGCUGCACACCAUAAGUCUUUGAUGAUGCGUUACAAAAAGUGCUGCCCAUUGUUGAUUUUGUCUCGUGACAAGGAUUCCAAGGGUGUCGUUCGAUCCGAUGACAAGGGCAACAUGGUGAUUGACUUUGACCUCUCCACUCACGACCGCAACUCCCUUCUCCAAGGCAUUGUUCGCACAUUGCACAUUCUCACUGCUGCUGGUGCACGUGAAUUACACACUGGCCAAUUUGGUGUCGAGCCUUUCUACUUUGAAAAGAACGAGGAAUCAAGCGUUGAUAACCCACGUUUCAAGGCAUGGAUUGAUCAAGUUGUCAAAUAUGGCUUGCCAAAGGAUGGUGCUGGUAUCUUCUGUGCUCAUCAAAUGGGUACUUGCCGUAUGGGUAUUUCGCCCAAGGUAUCUGUUACUAAGCCCACUGGUGAGACUUGGGAGGUCAAGGAUUUGUUCGUUGCUGAUGCUUCACUCUUCCCCACCGCCUCUGGUGUCAACCCCAUGAUUACCACCGAAGCUCUCGCUUUACACGUUGCCGACACUAUUGUCAACAAAGCUACUCCCGCCAAGUUGUAA